AUGACGGAAAAUGGCCAAGGAUCGCCAAACGGCGCCGCCGAUGCCCCCCCUGCCGCUAUCCCCGGCAAGCGCUUUUUGAACCUCAGGGUCACCGACGGCGACAAUCAAAUUUACUUCAAGAUCAGGGGGAACACGAAACUCAACAAACUGAUGCAAGCCUUCUGUGAGAGACAGGGUAAAGACUCCAAGUCGGCAAGAUUCUUGUUCGAUGGACAGAAGCUGAAUCCCGGGGAUACACCGGAUCAGCUUGAUAUGGAAGACGGAGAUAUGAUCGAAGUCCAAGAAGAGCAGAUUGGCGUCCCAGAGUUCCUUGAGCUCGGUCGUGCACGUCGAAAGAUCUGCAUUCUGGUCACCCCCAAGGAGCGAUACUCGUCCGGCUCUCGGGGGAGGUCGUCGAUGAGAUCUGGAAGCUCGACGUUCGCCGCCGGUCUCAGCGUUUCCGCCGAACGGCCUUUGAUGGGGGCUUAUUUCAUCCUCAUGCGCUACUCAUCGUAA